AUGUGUGGUAAAGUGCCCAGUCUAUCUUUCUGUGUUGGAUGUGAAAGAGUCUUUUGUACGGAGCAUGUCGAACAACAUCGAUUAGAUUUAUCAAGUCUAUUAGAUAGAACUAUUUUGGAACACGAUCAAUGUAAACAGAAAAUAAUACAAUAUACUGAAGAAUCAAAGAGUCAUCCGUUAAUGAAGCAAAUUGAUGAAUGGGAAAAACAAUCAAUUGAGAAAAUUCAACAAGUAGCUGUCGAUGCUCGAAAACAAGUACUACGUACAUUUGGACUUUUUGCUUCUGAUGCAAUAACAAUCAUGAAAACUUUAACAGAAGAGUUAACCAAAGCUCAAGAUAAUGAUAAUUUUUUUGAAAAAGAUCUACGACAAUGGAUGGAUAGACUUACGAAAGUAAAAAAGGAGUUAGAUAAACCGCCAACAAUUAGUAUUCGUAAAGGUGGAAGUGAUGUUCCUUUUAUUUCUAAAAUCAUCAUUAACGUUAGUGAUAUCUUUGAUAAAUCAGCUGGCAGAAUUGCUAUUAAAGAUGAAGGAAAACUUAUUGUUAAUAUUGGAUCCAACGGUUACGGAACAGUUCGUAGUAAAGGUGAAUAUUCAACAGGAAAACAUCGAUUUCGUUUUAAAAUCGAACAUAGUAGUACACAUAAAUGGAAUUUAAUUGGAAUCGUUUCAAAAACUACACCCAUACAAGCAACGGCAUAUAAUACAUUGACAAGUUUCGGUUGGAUUGCUAAUAAUUUUGUUUGUUUAAAUGGCAAAUUAUUCGCUAAUCAUAAUGGAUAUAAAAGUGAUAUAGAAAAAAAUGAUAUCAUUGAAUUACUCAUUGAUUGUAAUAAACAAACGAUUCGUUUAACAAAUGAACGUACACAUAAUGCACACGAACUAACAGUCGAUACUGCUCUAUGUCCAUUUCCUUGGCAAAUUCAACUAAGCCUUUAUUAUUCAAAAGAUUGUAUUCGAUUGUUAUGGAGAUAG